AUUUGCCGUAGAAGGGAAAAAGAAGGCCUGAGAAAAUGCGCGAAAGGGAACGAUUUCUUCCGUAGCUUUGCACAGGGUGCGUUCAGCAGAGUAGAGCCAGUUUAUUAUUGUUUCGUUUGGUGCAAUUAAUUGGAGAGCAGCUUGCCGUAAACAUGGAUCCAAACGUACGCUUUCAACCAUUGAUUAGUUCGAUACAGAAGGUGGCCCUAUUCGAGACGAAGGCGAAACUCUACCUUAUCGGGAGCAACAGCAAGGAGACGCGAUUCCGCGUGCUAGAGAUUGAUAGGCGUGCGCCGGAACUUUCGAUUUAUGAAAAUCCAAACGAGCUCGAAAAGGGAGACAUACGCAAGUUCGUGCAAUCCCGUUCGUUCAUCCGAUCAAUCAGUGCGUACGGCGUUCUGGGGUUUGUGAAGUUCCUCGAAGGAUACUAUCUGAUACUGGUGACGAAGCGCACGCGAUGUGCCUUCAUUGGCAAGCAUAUUAUCUACACCAUCAAGGAUACGGCCAUGAUUCGCGUGAACGAAGCGUCGAGCAAACAGAUGCACCCGCUGGAGCAGCGUUACGUGAAGAUGUUCAACAAUGUGGAUCUGAACAGCAAUUUCUAUUUCAGCUACAGUUACGAUCUUACCCACAGCUUGCAGUACAAUCUUUCCGCUCCCAAGUUUGUCGGUAGCCGGUGCGACAUUGUAAAGGACGAGCCGCUGGUUUGGCAGAAUCGAACGGGCGAAAAAAUGACGUACGCCUUCCGAGGAGUGUCUCGCGAACGGUUCGUCUGGAAUGCGUUUCACCUGAAGCCGAUGCGAGACGUCGUGCACAAAGACUGGAUGCUGGAGAUCAUACACGGCUUUAUCAGUCAGUCCAGCAUCAGUAUCUUUGGUCGGCAGGUGUACGUGUGCUUGAUAGCGAGACGCAGCACACGCUACGCCGGAACACGAUUCCUGAAGCGCGGUGCCAACUUUCACGGCGACGUAGCGAACGAGGUGGAAACGGAGCAGAUCGUGCUGGACGGCAAUCGAAUGUGCAGCUUUACGCAGCUGCGCGGAUCGGUUCCGUCGCACUGGUCGCAAGACGUUAGCAAAAUGGUGCCGAAGCCACAGAUUGCGAUCGAUCUGUCGGAUCCGUUCGGCGAAACGGCGGGCAAGCACUAUCAGCGAUUGAUGUUUCAUUACGGCGCACCCGUCAUUAUACUGAACUUGGUGAAAACGAGGGAAAAGCGUCGGCACGAAAGCCUACUGAGUGAGGAAAUGUACUCGACCGUUAGCUACUUGAACCAGUUUCUGCCUCCGCAUCUUCGCAUACGGUACAUCGAUUUCGAUAUGGCACGCAAAAGCCGCGGCACGGGGAACGUCAUGGAGAAGCUGGCCAAGAUCGCGGAAACGGUGAUCCAGCAGACGGGAAUGUUUUAUUCGGACGACGAGCGAAGCCAAAAGCAGACUGGCAUAGUGCGGGUCAACUGCGUCGACUGUCUGGAUCGCACCAAUACGGCACAGUUUGCGAUUGGCAAGUGCGUCCUAGCCCAUCAGCUGUACGAUUUGGGGUUCUUGAAGGAGCGCAAACUAGAGUUCGAGUCGGACUGUAUCACGAUGCUCGAGAAUCUGUACGAAGACCAUGGUGAUACGCUGGCCUUGCAGUACGGCGGGUCGCAGCUGGUUCACCGGAUAAAAACAUACCGCAAAACGGCCGUAUGGGCGUCGCAGGGUAAUGAUAUCAUGCAAACGCUCAGUCGCUAUUACAGCAACACUUUCAGCGAUACGGAGAAACAGCACAGCAUCAAUCUGUUCCUGGGUUACUACAUUCCUUCGAAGGCGGAGGUGAACAAAACGCUUCACAUUUGGGAUCUGGAAACCGAUUUCUACAUACAUAACUCUCGUUUCGAUGAGAUACGGCAGAUAUCGUCCAUUCCGCUCACCCAAUGGGUCAGUCCGUUUGUGAUGAACUGCCUGCCCGCCGCAGUGAGCGACGAGAAUCGUGUCGUGAAGGAGCUGAUCAAGAUACACUCGAAUGAUGCGGAAAUUAUAGACUACUACUCAAACUUCCACUACGACUAUAAGCUGACCUCCUUCGAAGAGCAUAUCGACUAUCAGCUGAGCCAUUUGUCGCGAAACCUUGCGCCUGCCUUCCGGUCCCACUUCAGCCCCUUCGAGCCGAUCCGCCGACAGCAAAGCACGGCACUGAAGAAUCCUUCACUGACGGGCCAAUCGUCCACUAGCUCGGCCAACAGUUCAUCUUCCGAUCGAUCGGACGAUGAGUCAGAAUCGGACGAGGAGGAAAAAAGCAGCAACAACCGCAACACAGCACCGAGCAGCAGCACCAACAGUAGCCGUGCAGAGGAUCCCGUCACGCUCAGUUCCAUGUUUCCGAUGACGAACGACAUAUACGGGUUUGAAAUACGAAUGCCAAAAAAGGCGGACAUGCUAAAGUACGAAAAGUAUGCCGAAAUCAACCGCAUCUGUAACUCAACCGGAGAGCCGGCAAGACCGUCCUCUCCGCAUCAGUACAACCGCCAUGCCCAGAUGAACGAGAGUGGCGGACUAUCGAUAUACAACAACGAAAUCAUCAUCGCUAGCGUGACGCCGGAGAAGGACAUUCAGAACGAUAUUGUGAUUCCGACCGUAAGUGAUGAGAGUAAAGCAAUCUACGAGAAGUACUGCAUGCUGAAGCACACCAUCAUGUACGACUUUCGCUGCGACCCAAAGAUACUGGAGUACGUGAAUAUGUUUGCAUAAGUAAGGGCGAGAAGUCAAUAAACCAAACGCAAUGCCAAUAGAUGUCACCAACAACUUUA